UGGCGUUUUUUGUAGUGUUUAUUUUUUAUAUUUUGAUGAUAUACACAAGCAAUCAUGUCCCAAUCGCAGUCACAUGCACACAGAAGCAGCAUCAGCCAGCAUUCCAGAUCUGUGAGUCACUUUAUUAAUGACGCUGAUGAAUUAACUGAUGUAGAAUUAAUACGACAAGUCAACGAUUUGAAACACCAAGUCAAAAUAUUGACAUUGGAGAAUGAAAUAUUCGAAAGGACUAUUAUAAGGCUGGAACCAGCGUUGAUGCAUGGAAUCCAACAGGCUUUAGACUACGCCAACAAACUGCAGAGUAAUUCUUCAUUAACCGUUGGGAGUUUCGUCAAGUCGCAGACUUCUAGGAUCGGAGUGUUGGAAUCGCUUAUGAGUCCAUCGAGAAUGCUAACGAGUCCAUCGAGGGUUUCUACGAGACGUGUCGAUUCUUCGGGAAAAUUAGGCGGCACUGUCAUAUUCGGAACGGGUCCAAGAAUCAACGUGUUAGAACGAUCCGAACUCGUGUCAGCCGAAAUGGAGAUUCUUAUAAGCAAUUUAGAAAGAGCAAGAUAUAAGGCCUCUAAACAACAUGCGCUGUUGAAAGCGCAGCUAGAAGAAAUAGGUGUGAGAGUGAACGAUAUAGAAAAGGCUAGUGGGUCUUUUAAUGCGCAAGUUUUAAUUGAAGGUUGGGACAAAAUAGCGCAAAGGAUUCCAGCUGAAAUAUGGAUAAGGUUUAUGACGGAGUGGAUGAAAAUAGCUGACAGUCAAAUAGGCAAAUUGAGACUUAGGACCAGUACAUUGAAUACACAAUUCAGCAAAUUGAAAGGACAGAUAAAAAUAAAAGCGGAAUUGAGCGAGAGUCUCCGCGCGAUUGACUUUGAUAAACUUAAAAUCGAGAACAACGAAUGCAUAGAGAUUAUCGAGAAGAAAUUACAACAGUUGGGUGAAUUAAAAAAGAUGACUGGAGAUGCAAAUUUGAAUUUGGCCAUUCAUAAGAAAGCAAUGAUGGAGCAAAAUACGUAUUUGACAAAUAUUAUGAAUAGUAUUAAAACUAAAGAGAAAUUGACUGCUGAAUUGGAUAAAGAAAGAGAUAGAAUACAGGUACAAGCUGACAUUUUGGAUCAGAAACUUGAAGAAGUGAAGAAAAUAAGACAAGCGUAUGAAGUACCAGAUAUAAUGGAUUACGUCUGUGUGAAGUCUGAAGUGACAGACUUGAAACAUGGUAUAAAACUUUUGGAAAAUAGACUUCAUAUACAGCAAAUAGCUUUGUCGUCGCUUAACAAAAAAUUGCAUUUAAUGUACGUGAAAACUUAACUGUAUUAUCUAUGAUUUUUAACAUUAUCUAGUUAAUUAUUACUGCAAAUUUGUUGUUCAAUGCUUGUUAUAUUGUAUACU